ACAUCUUCGAGGGUUUUCGAGGUACCCUUCACUUUCUCGAGAGCCAGUUGUACUUGUUGGAUUAUUGUAAUCGCGGUACCGAUCAAUUGGAGCACUGCAGCGGCAGUUCCGAUACCGUCCUGUGGGUUGGCAGAUUAAUAUAACCCCACCAAGUAUUGUCUUGAAGAUCCGACUCACCAUGCUUGAUCUUCAAUGCGGCCAACGUCUUGCACAAAACUGGAAAAUCAAAAAUCUUUGAAUGAAAGAUGAUUUCGAGGCAGCGAAAGUUUCACUGGAGCUGAAGAUUGCAUAAGGCUAUGGCCUAACAAGGUUGUGAUUGGUGAUCGCGCUUCAAGCCGCAACCUUGACCUAUUCCAAAAUACGUUUGAAGGAAGAGCAAAAUCUAUCAUAGAGGUAACAACGCAAUGCAUAUGCCACAGUACACCCCUGAACGCGUCCAUGCUCUGACCCUCUUCGCCAUUUCCUAACAAAAGAUGCCAGAGCAUGUCCCAAGAUCAUGAUCGUGGGUCGUCGCAAAGCCUUUCGCAGACCAAAUUUGGCGACUAUGCGCGAGUGCACCAGGGCCCCAUACACAAUAACUACUUGGGAGGCCCUGAGAGCGACUCCAAUGCCGAUUUUCUCGAUGCUCUGAGCCCAAUUGACCCCGCUGUGGAACGAACGAUUUACGAGGGCAUGAAUGGCUUCCUACCAGAAAGCAUAUUGGAGUGGAUAUUCCGCGAUGAGGGCUACAAAGAAUGGCAUCUUGGGGAUCUGCAGCAACAGAAACCAUUGUUGUGGAUCGUGGAUAACACUGGAAAAGGCUCUACGGCCAUUAUCCUUCGACUUAUUUCUCACGUCGAAGGAUUUAAACAUCAGCCACCUUUCUUGGGGUACUGUUUCUGUCAUCCAACGGAAGACUUGAACAAAACGACUGCCCAUGUGCUCGAGGGCUUCCUGUAUCUCUUGCUUUCUAGCAAUGACGGCGCAUUGACGCAUGUCAAGAAAAAAUACAAGCAAGGAUUGCGAAAAUCACUAAAGGGCCCCCAAAGAUUCUUUUAUUUGGCCAAGGUCACCGGUUUUAACUUUUUCAUCGAUGGUAUUGAUCAACUCGUCAACGCAGAUCGGGACUUCAUUCAUUUGCUCGCCUUGAUAAGAUCUGUUACGGCGCGAGGUCAUGACGCCAAAUGGGUGAUUACAAGUCGAAACAAAGAAGAUUGGCGAACCUUGGAGCUUGGGUUCGAUCACAGAGACUUCACAUCAUUCAUUAACGUGAAAGCCGAGCAAGUACCCUCCACCUUCAGCCUCUCUGAUGCUGUGGAUGUCAUUGAGAGCUAUGGACUUCAAAUGGAAGGAGGGCGCCGAAAGUUCCAAUUCCAACAUAAUGUCCUCUCGUCAUCCCUAGAUUGGUUCCGCUAUACGAUGCGAGGUAAUAGCUGGCUGAGUGAUUGUCCUCAGUUGGGAACCGGAGUUACACCAUCUGCUCUUCUCUGGUAUCGCCCCGAAAAUCUCGGCAGUAGCUCUGAAAUUGCCAGUGAGCUUGGAUUACACAUAGGAGAGCUGUUCGGUAAUCAAACGGAUCGUGCUCGGAACGUUGAGGCUUAUUUCUCUUUCCAUUAUCUUCGAACCGGCAAUCAAACUCCCGAACACGCCCGAAAACUUGAUGUCGGUCCCAGCAUUGCUUUAUGGAGUCUUUUCACUGCUUUAGUCAAAAAUUGUUGUAUUGGUCGAGAUGAUUUAUCAUUGAUGCUUCUGGACCUGCCUUAUAAUACCCAGGAUUUGGUCAGCCGUGUGUGCUCGAGAGCGGCAAAAAUGACAGAAGAGUCAAAGCCAAAUAGCCUUUCUCAGGAAGAAGAAUCUGUUCAAAGCCAAAAAUUUAUCGAAGACUACUGGUUCGACAUGUUUAAGGAUACUGACCUGCCACUGUUAGUAGAUCUUAUCGAGAAGACGAGGGUUCUCCCUGCAAUCAAGAAGUACAGGUUUCUUUUGAUCGUUGACUCCUUUCAUCUCAUCGACAAACAUAGAUGGGCCGCUUGUCUCCAGCUUCUUGAUGGGCUUGUAAUCCCCGGAAAGUUUCGAGUGUUGGCUUCCGGAGGCUACCGCUCGAAGGAUUGUGACGAGUCUAUGCUGGGACUUGAGACGAUCAAUGCCGCUAGUCAUCCUGUCAGCGAAUCCACAGAAUUGCGAGAAUUUCUGGAUAUGCUACAUUUCGAUGAGAUUCAUGCUCGCCGCGACCAAGUCGCACAAGCUCUCCCGGGCACAAAUGAGUGGCUUUGGAGUAACGCCGUAUACAAGAAGUGGAGCUCAGCUGGUGGUUUCUUAUGGAUCUCUGGUAAAGCGGGCAGUGGCAAAUCAGUCCUAGCAAAAACAAUCCGCUUCGACUUUCUUCGUGGCCUCGACACCCGGAAAAUGUUUCUUUGUGAUUGGUUCUAUAACCGACGAGGGCAUGAAAUUGGGACAGCUCAUAUCUCAAUGCUACGAGCACUGGUCCACGAAAUCGUCGGACACCACAAGAGCACAUUUGACACAAUAAAGAAGUACUACCGCGAAGAGAUGGAUGUAGCAUUUCGUUGUGGAGAGUUUCCAGACUGGAGCAUCCAUAUACUGAAGGUAAUGCUACUGGCUUUAGCUGCUGCCCCUUCAACACCUGAAACACUGGCAAUUAUUGAUGCCCUGGAUGAGUCCAAGGAUGGACAAUCACGAAAAGAGAUCAUAGAAAUGAUGUUCGACAUCACAUCCACGAUGCAUGGGAGGCUUCGCUUGAUCGUCCUCAGCAGGCCAGAGCCUCAGCUUUUGGACCGUUUCAAACACUGUUUCCACAUCGCUAUGCAAGAUAAUAACCGAGCAGAUAUUGGUCGAUUAGUGGAUUUCAAAUUGGAUGACAUUCGCCGUGCAUGGGUGCCGAAUUCGUCACCGACUCUCGAAAGUGCUUUCGAGAAGCUAAGAGUCUCGAAAACCAUCACGACGAAUGUCGUCAAAGAGCCCGCAACCACCAAUGACCAGUCGCUUGUCAAGAGAUCAAGUGAUCGCGACCAAGAGCACAGUGAUUAUCGGCUCCCAAGCCAGGAAGAACAAGAACUUAAAAACAUUCGGCUCUAUCUGAUGGAAAACUCUGGCGGCGUUGUCUUGUGGGCCCAUCUGAUUCUGCAAGAGCUGAGCAUGCUUGUGCAAAAGAAAACUGGUUUCAACAUUAGAUUAUUGAGGGAAUGCGCCGAAAAGCUGCCGAAAGAGCUGGACUAUCUUUAUGUCUAUUAUUUUGAGUCAUUGGGCGUAUUGGAGGAUCCUGAACGGCUGAAAAUGGCGCGACGAAUUUUCCUCUGGGUCGUUGGGACUCGCUCCAGAGAAUCACUGCAGCUUCAAGACCUACUCGACGCAAUCGCAAUACCCGAACUCCAAGAGAUAACGGAGGAAGAUGUCAUUGGGAUUGAAAGGUGGCAGAUUGGAGGCAAUUGGAACAAAUUCCGCGACAUCAUCUAUGAGCAUUGUGGUCCCCUGGUUGAAAUAGUCGAGAGGCGAGACGCUAGCAAGGAGGGUCAUCGAAUAGGACAUGUUGAGCCAGUACAACCAAACUGGACCAUUCAGCUCCUGCACCAAACAGUCAGGUCAUUCCUGGAAAAUAGGACGGGGCCUCUUCAGAUUGACGAGCACCAAGCCAAACAGUUUGUUCAACAGCAAACGAACCUCUAUUUGCAACUAGUGCUCCCCAAGAGACCGACUUCAUAUUGCCCAAUCCUGCCCCCUCUUAAGACGAUCCGACGGAGAAGCAACACGUCAUUGUGGCCACAUGCAUCCAAAUCGCUGGAAUUUUGGAGCCUCCUACCAAAAAACCGCGGACUCAAUCAAGAUAUCAUAGACGAACUCUGGACCCGAAGCGCUUGGCUUAGCCACAUUGACUACCUUUCUGAUCGACCAUUUUGCCGGUAUGCCCUAAAGAUACUGGAAAAGGACGGCGAUACUCAAAGCUGGGUGAAGAGUUCAGUGAUAAGCGAAGACGACAUAUUGCCCAACCACUCAUUUCCAUUGUGGUGGGCAUUUGACAGCUGCCUUCCUCGAGAUGAGCAUAAUCAUCGCGACUAUCUUCGCGAAUUUACAGAGCAAGCUUGUCUGAUGGGUCAGCCUAUAGCCAUGGAGAUUUUAUUACGAUUCAUGGAACUUCUGAAAGAGAUGUCGAGGCGCAAAAACAGCAUAUCAAAACUUCGGGUUUAUCCAUGGAAUCGUACAUUGACGAUGGGAGCCGUGGAUGCGUUUCUUGUCAGCGCGAACGAUCAUCCAACUUGCGUCUACCCGCUCGCAACCACUCUUGCCAAGUUGUACAGCGAACAAGACGAGGAUCUUGAGACCUCUUCAAAUGUGGCAAUCUCGGGGUUGGAGUCGAUCAAAGAGAACGACAGAGCGGUGGCGCUUGCAAAAGUCAUCGACAGGAGAGUUAAGCGCCAUGCUUGUACGUCGCUGAUUACGCCUGGCAUUGAUACGACCACUAAGUCUUCAUUGUAUGAAUUGCAUUGCAAGCUCGAAAUCGGGACAAAAAUCUUCAAAGAUAGCAAGGAGAAGCCUAGAAAUGUGACCAUCGGUAGAAUACACGAAGUCAUCAAGACAACUUUGGAAACUUUGGAGUUGACUCAAAAGCGUAACUCGGGGCGGCGUUCUCCAAAAGGCUCGAUGAUUGAUUUCUGGGUUAACAGCACUGAUGAGCCGUUCCGAUGGUUUACUCUGGCAUCAGGAAGUGAUGAGCAAGCUCUCUCGAGAGAACUAUCGGUCGAGGAGACGAUCAAGUCGUUGGACGAGGUUUUCUCAACAUGGGAUUUUCUAGAUCUAACACAUCUGGAAACGGCGUAUGAUAGCUUCUCUCGGGCGCUGCCUAUACUGCCUAGAGAUUCGCAGGGAGAGAUUCGGCGGGGGAAACGGAAAUCGCGCGCAAGCAAGUCAGAUAAAGAUGAGGAUAUCAACGGAGAGUAAUUGGCGUCCGUCGAAGCGUUUUCUCUUCCAAAAGUCUUCGCCACAAACGCAGUAAUGAGAAGGAUCGAAGUGAGGAUGGUUCUACUAGUUGGAGACAUUUUGCCAUGCAUAAUCACGUUGCUGUCUUAGGACCUCGUGUUUCAUUUGUAAGAGCUGAGGCCACCGGGAAUGGCCCACUUAAGCGAAACUCAACAAAUGAGACCUUAUUUACC